AUGAGUGAUAUUGAUGCUAUGUUCUAUCAAGUCCGAGUACCAGAAGGCCAGAGAGACUUCUUGCGCUUCCUAUGGUGGCCUGAUGGAGAUUUAAUGCAGAAUCUUGAGGAGUAUCAGAUGAACGUCCAUCUAUUUGGUGUGGUUUCCUUGCUGACUUGUUCAAACUUCGCGCUACGCAAAGCAGCUGAUGACGCCGAGGAGGCCGUUGGUCCAGAAACUGCUAACGUGUUGAGGAAGAAUUUCUAUGUUGACGACAGUCUUCGUCCAGAAGAAAUGGAGGAGUCCGCUAUUCAAAGAAUACAUGGUGUUGGCCAUGCCCGUGUACACGGAGGUUUCAAUCUGGCCAAGUUCGUUAGCAACAGUAGACCCGUACUAGAAAGUGUCCCAGACGAAGCACGUGCCCAAGACGUGAGAACAUUAGAGCUAGGCAGUGGUGAACUUCUGGUUGAGAGGGCUCUUGGCGAUCUGUGUCGCACCAAGUCAAGCUGGGAUGAAGAAAUUGGCGACGAGUACCGUGUAUGUUGGGAGAAUUGGAAAAGCCAGUUGCCUGCCCUGGAACGUUUCUCUAUGGAGCGAUGUCUCAAGCCUGUAGACUUUGGUACAGUUGUCUCCAGACAAAUCCACAACGUCUCUGAUGCUAGCUCAAUGGGUUACGGUCAAGUGACAUACCUCAGAAUCGAGAACGAGAAAGGAGACAUUCAUUGUGCGUUCCUUAUGGGGAAAGCCGGCGUAGCUCCCGUUAAGACCAUGACAAUUCCACGCCUUGAGCUUACGGCAGCCACAGUUUCAGUUAGAGUGGGAGAGAUGAUUGCUAGAGAGUUAGACGAACCUGCUGAGAGUCCAAAUUUCCUAUGGCUUCCUGAGAGCGAAUGGCCUCAACUUCCUGGUGACUUGGACGACGUUUCCUACAAUGAUCCUGUGGUAAAGAAGGUUUUUGUGCACAGCUUGUAUGUUGAAGAGAACACAGACCUUUUGAAGAGGCUUACACACUUUUCCGAGUGGCACCGUAUGAAAAACUGGAUACUCCGUCUAAAACCAAACUCUGAUGAGAGGGCAUUGCUUCCCAAGGAUGGAGCAGACAAAGUGAGAUGUACCACAAAUGCGAAACGCAAGCCCCUAAGAGUAGAAGAAUUAGACAGAGCAGAGAAGACCAUUCUGAAAUUGGCACAAAGCGGUGCAUUUCCCAAAGAAAUAGAAGCUCUGCAGAAAGUUCGACGAGUAGAUUGUGAGAGUGACUGUCAAUUUGCGAAGGCAAUAAAGUCCGAAAUGAAGAAAUCUAGCACGUUUGAUCACCUUGAUCCUUUCCUGGACUGGGACGGACUCGUACGUGUUGGUGGAAGGCUAAGCAAGUCAGAAGAGUUUUCAGAAGGCUUUAAGCAUCCUGUGAUCCUCCCAAAGAAGAGUUUCAUCGUGUACCUCAUAAUUCAUGAGGCCCAUACGAAGGUCGUCCAUGCUGGCAGGGGCAUUACGCUGGGGGAACUAAGAAGUCAAUAUUGGAUACUUAACGCCAAUUCUGUUGUGAGACAUUUCAUCUCCAAGUGCGUGGUGUGUUGUCAUCUUCGUGGAACGACAGGUGAACAAAAGAUGGCUGACCUUCCUAAGGAGCGAAUAACACCCUCUCCUCCCUUCACAUAUAGUGGCGUUGAGUACUUUGGUCCCUUCUACAUCAAGCAAGGACAGAAAGAUGUUAAAUGCUAUGGAGUACUAUUUACCUGCCUAGCUAGCUGA